GUCUUGGGAGAGAGAAUUAAUUCUGAGAACCUGAAUUAAUUACAUUUUUCUUAGGACGUUAACAGUUAUAAGUCAUAAGGACACUUGUGUGGGUUUGCUAUAGUAUUUAAUGAUUUUUGGUGACAUUUCACUGUUUCUAAGUCUGGCUCUUGCGGUCUCUUAAAUCUGUACAUUGAAAGCUAGGUUAAUCUACAAGUCUUUACAGGAACUGCGUGGGAUGAAAUUCUAUUAUCUCAGUUUGGUUUGUUGCCUUCCUUUACCUUGUACAGCAUGCUUCAUGCAAAUUGGGCUUAUCAUGCACCAUCUUUUGGCCAGCGUUCAAUAUGCUGAGCACAGAUGCUUUAUUCAUAACGGAAAGGCAAGUAUUGUGCAGAAAAUUCCGAGUCUGGUUUCAGUUCUGGCCUCGGUGGUUGAUCCUUUCAGUUAAAUGACUGUACCAAAUAGGUAUGUGUGUUCGUAUAUAGUUAAGACACUUUUUCUCAAACAGCACAUUAUCUCCUCACUGAAUAAACUGUUUGGCAGAUGCGUGGUCUUUAUGCCACUCUGCCUGGGUGGUGCAUAAGCUGGAUAGAGUCUGGAGCAUAGUGCAGUUGUACGGAGGUGAGCACUUUAACAGGCACAGAUAAAGAUGGAGAUGUACCUGCUGAUCCAGGUCCGAGGGAUGGGAGGAUGAAAUGGAGGAUGCCAUAAAUGAGGCACUGGUGUCUGUGAAUGACCAGAGGCAACGCAGCGAACAGGCAGGCCUGGUGCCUCAUUGGCCAGCGAAGACAGAGCUCUUCCCAUCUCUCUGGAGGGACAGAGGAGGAUAGAGAAAAAAAAUAAACACACCUGUUGCACAUCCACAGGCUGGUGUCUGGGGGGUGGCAGACUGCCCCCCCCAGCGAUCAUCUUUCAGGACAUGGCCUCUCCAUCGGCGCCGGCUUCCGGGCUUGUGGCCCGAACUUAAAUAGACAGGCUGAAUACUGGUGUGGCCAGAAUCUGGAUGCGCUCUCCACCUGGGGGAGGUGGGGGGAGGGACAGGACUGUUCCACAUCUCUACUUUUACCCCACCUGAACUGUGGAGAGCUGAGGAUUCUAAGUUUUCUUUAGGGAUUUGGCUGUUUUGCUCCUUUUUCGUCUGCAUUUUUUUGUUUGUUUGUAAUUCCGCAGCUGUUGUGCGCCCAGGCGGUACCCAGGAUGGCGCGGCUCCUGCGCAGGCUGCAGCGUUGCUUCCACAGGAAGCCUGGGCGCUUCUUCACCUUCUUCCUCCUAUACCUGACGGCAGGUAGCCUGGUCUUCCUCCAUGCGGUCUUCACAAACGAUAACGCUGCCCAGCCAAACGUGGCAUGGAAUGUGGCCCGCGGAUCUGCCGGCGGGGUUGGCAAGGGCACCCAUGGGAAGACCAGGCUCACGGCUGUUUCCUCGAUGAAGAAUAGCACGGUGCAUGAGAGAGGGAGCGACCACACCGAGAGCAGGAACCCUGACCUCAAGGCGCGGACCAUCAAAGAGUCUGAUGAUGCCCGGGCAAAGUAUAUUGGCUGCUACGCUGAUGACAUACAGAAGAGAACACUCAAAGGAGCAUCCUUUUUUGACUACAGGAAGAUGACUGUCUUCCGUUGCCAGGACAACUGUGCUGAAAGAGGCUACUUGUAUGCAGGACUGGAGUUUGGAGCCGAAUGCUACUGUGGUCACAAGAUCCAGGCAUCCAAUGCCAGCAAUAGUGACUGCAACAUGGAAUGUUCAGGAGAGAGGGGCACUGUCUGUGGGGGCACCAACCGGCUCUCCAUCUACCGCCUGGAGCUGACUCCGGAAUCUGUCCAGCGCUAUGGAAGUGCCACCUUUAAGGGCUGCUUCUGGAGGCCGAAGGAUGUGACCCUCGCCCUGCCUGUCAGCGCCGUCAUUAUGAACAUGUCCGUGGAUAAAUGUGUGGACCUGUGCACAGAGAAGGAACUGCCUCUGGCAGUCCUGGGGGGUCAGCGCUGCUUCUGCGGCUAUCCCACAUCACACUUCACACUGCAUGAGCUCAAGGAACAGGAGCUGUGCAAGAGCCACUGCGAGGGUGAUGAUUUCGAGAGCUGUGGCACAGAAGAGUAUUUUCUGGUUUACCAAACACAAGUGCAAGACAAGCGGUGUAUGGACCGGCGCUUCCUUCCAGAACGUUCCAAGCAGCUUGUGGCCCUGGCCAGCUUUCCCGGUGCGGGGAACACCUGGACACGUCACCUCAUUGAGCUGGCCACCGGCUAUUACACAGGCAGCUACUACUUUGAUGGAUCCCUGUACAACAAAGGAUUCAGAGGUGAGAAAGACCACUGGAAGAGCGGAAGGACCAUCUGCUCCAAGACCCAUGAGAGUGGCAGGAGGGAAAUUGAGGCCUUUGAUGCUGCCAUUCUGGUGAUCCGCAACCCAUACAAGGCCCUCAUGGCAGAGUUUAACCGCAAGUACGGUGGCCAUAUUGGAUUUGCCUCACGGGCUCAUUGGAAGGGAAGAGAGUGGCCAGAAUUUGUUAAAAGCUAUGCUCCAUGGUGGGCUUCCCAUACCCUGGAUUGGCUGAGAUACGGGAAGAAGGUCCACGUGGUCCACUUUGAAGAGCUGAAGAAGGACUUGUUUGUCAAGCUGAAAAGUAUGGUGGUCUUCCUGGGCGUACAAGUGUCUGAGGAUCGGCUGCUAUGUGUGGAGGGCCAGAAGGAUGGCAAUUUCAAACGAUCUGGCCUUCGUAAGCUGGAGUAUGACCCAUAUACCCCCAAAAUGAGGGCUACCAUCAAUGACAUCAUCAAGACUGUGGACCACGCCUUGAGACAGAGGAAGUUGUCAGGGGUCCCAGAGGAGUAUCGUCCAAGAUGACAGCGUCUUCUUUCCUCGCCUCCUCUCUCCUAACCCUACCUCCUUGUAUUUAUCUAGCAGACUACAUAUAUGCUAUGUAAAUAUGUACUGUAUAUAGAGGUGCUUCUAGAAUACUACAAUUUGCAAUACUAUUGCACAUUCAGUUAACACACCAAUGCAAAGAGUACAUGAUAGAUAAACUUAUUUUCAGUGUCUGUUGUAUAGACAUUCCUCACAUAAUGACCUACCUGUUUGACUACCCAGACUUACAACCAACUCUCCGACAAGUUGGUAAGCUGUACAAGAACUUUGGUCAUGGAAACGGCAGUGCGGCGUCUCCGCAUCAAGCAAUUAUAUUAAAAUUAAAGCAGUUAUCAAAUUGGAAUUUCCUUUAAACCUGUUCUUUAUCCAGAAUUAAUACAACUGAUUACCUGUAUUUACAGUAUGCAAACCUAAGUAGUGUAUAGAACUAAUUUCCUCUAUUCCAUUUAUUACAGUAUACACUAUGCUACUAUAUAAACAUUUAUAAACAUACUAAAAAGUGUUAUCAAUGGUGCAAAGAUGACAUUAAAGCAAUACCUAAAGAUGGUUGACACAAACCCCCUACCAGUACAGAAUUCUUGAAAUAUUGGCAUAUUAUCAACCAAUUUGCAUAAUGACCUGCUUAUAGAAACUCAGUUGUUAAGUGAGGAAUGUCUGUAUUUGCAGGAGACCCCUAUGAUACUCACACAUUGGUGUUACGUUCAUGCCUUAAAUUUUUUAAGCUGACACUUAAAAAAUAAAAAAAAAAAACACCACCGUGUGUGUAAAGACCUCAUUGUGAUCGUUAAGCUGUGUGUGCCAGAUCUGGUAUAGCCCAAGCUGGGAGAUGCAAAUGUUUCUUGUUUCUUCAUGUUAAAAUGUGUACAGGUACCUCCCCACCCCCGAAUUGUAACAGACUGUUGCUCAAAUCUUGUUACUGAAGUGUGGUAAAAAGUACCCACAUGGGAGGAAGUGAGCCGGGGGGGCUUUUUUGGGUUAAGGUUGCAAUUAUUAUUACUCACAUUUAGGAAAGAGGGACAGCAAGGGGAGAGUCUCAGAGUUCUGUCUGUCUUGUAGGGCUUUACGAUUCUGGGUAAAAUACAGUAUGAAUUACUUCCUGUUACUUGGUAUAAUAUAGUCCUGUCAUUUGUUGAUACAGCUGAGGAAGAAGAAGGGAGCGCUUGGUUUGACGCAACGGUGCAAAUCUCCCCGUUGCUGCAAACACAGCAGAAUAACUGUCAUGCAAGAAUGAGAUUGACGUAUGAACCGAAAUCACGAUUUCAAAACUAUUAAUUGUGCAGCCCUGUUCUCAUGUGAUUCAUCCUCCUAAAGCUUCACAUUUACUGGGAGUCAACAAACGUUCUUUUACAAAUCCAGAGCAAUUAUUUGUUUAAUUAAUAAUUUGAUCAUAGUCAUGGACCCACAUGGAUACAGCAGAAUACUGAUUAUGCCCCAGUGUAAGUUUGUAGAAUGCGUGUGAAAUCAGUUUUUCGGUAGGUAAUAUUUAGAACAUAAGUUUUCAGUUGCAUGUUUCAUGAUUGACAUAUCUUUCCUGAAUUCCAGAUUUAUUUCAGUUGAGUCAUUGUGAUAACAAUAUUAGAGCUUAUUAGGGAGAAUAGCACGAUUGCAAAAUAAGUCAGAGAGAAAAGUCAGUGUGGAAGCAAUUUAUUAAAAUUUUUAUAGAUUUUUUUUUUACCCAUAUUUUCUAAUUGUUAGCUACAUUUUUUAAACACUGGCUUACUUCCCCAUCUUUUCACUCAUCAAGUUUCGUGCAAAAGAGGAUGUGACCCAAACUAGGAUGAGUCCAUCUUACUUAAUCCUAGUAAAUAAAGGCAAUUUUUUUUUGUCACUCUGGAUUAUGAAAUACUGACGUAUGGUGUUGCAGUAAAAGCCAGUACAUUGUUUUGUGAAUUAACAACUGAUGUCUUUAACUCAUUAAUUGUGUAGAGUAAUGCAGUGUUGUUAAAAGCAUUCAUAGUAAUUUUUUGACAAGAUACUUGCAAUUUUUAUUUAAAUAUUUGUUGUAUAGUGCAUUCAUAGCUUUAAGAUGUAUUUUAUUGAAAUGUGUGAUUCUUUGCCUUAAUUUAUAUUGUAAAUGAUGAUAAUGUUUAUUUCCUAUUUGUUUUUAAGUUUGAGGAGAGCAGGGGAGUGUUUUUCGUAUGUGGGUUACUCGUUUAGCCGGAUGUAAAGGUUGACGAUUUGGCCUGAUCCUGGAUCUAUCGGUUUUUCUAAACUCUGGCUGGAUGUGUUGUCAUAGCAGCACAUCCAAAUCCUCAAACCUGCUCGAAGCAGGUUCGUUCUAUGUAAACCAUGAUUAGCUCACACACUUAAUCAGUGUCCGUGCAUAGAAAUCCGUUCAGUCAUGGUCUCGCCAUUCAUGGAUAAGCGACCAAUUGAUAUUGGUGGUCAGUUUCAAAUCGAGAGGGUUUUGUGCGAUCGGCAAGAUCCGACAUUGUUGCAGGAUGACAUUCUUUUCGAAAGAUACCGCUUCAGCCAAGAUGGAAUAUUAUAUCUUAAAGAUUUAUUAGCUGCGUAUAGUAGACGUCCAACUAGGCGAAGUCAUGCUCUCACAGCCACACAGACAAUGCGCAUUGCCUUGAGAUAUUUUUCAAACGGCACUUUUUUUAUACAGUAGGCGAUGCGGGAAAUAUAUCAAAGAGUACAGUUUGGCAGGCAAUUCACAAAGUCUGCUUGGGGCUGAAAAAACACUAAAACAUCAAAUACAGCAUUCUUGUCAAAUUCAGAAACUAUACCUACUCCAGGAUUUGCAAUAUAAAACAAAGGAAUUAUUUAAAUAUUUUUAUAGCACAUAAAAUUUUAUGCAACGUUUAUUGUAAUAGAAGGGAAAUGGGAAAGGAAAAUGACAAAGUUUGACUUGUGCUGUUAUGCACGGCUUUUAUUUAUGUUAUGUAUUUUUUAUUAUUCUGUUCUUCACCUUGAAUGGGUUUAUAUGCAAAACUAAAUGAUGGGGAAAUGGUUCAGAAUUAUGCAACUAGAAGAAUCUGAUAGUCGAUACUUGUGGUAUGAUAAGCAAAUGCUAAUAUAUUUGUAAAGAUGGGAUUUAUAGUAAAUAUUUAUGCAUUUCCUUUUAAUGAAAGUUCAUACAAGGUCUUUAACUAAACUAGACAUGAGGUAGUACUUGGAAUUAAACAUUUUCUAAAGAUUCUGA